AUGAUGUUGGAGUGUGCUAAAGGUAUCAUAUUAAAUGCAAAAGAACAACAUAUACCAAUUAUUGUCGAUGCGGAUGGAUUGUUUCUUAUUCAAAAUUAUCCUGAUAUUGUCAAAAAUUAUUCUGAGGCAAUUUUGACACCAAAUGUGAAUGAAUUCAAGCGUCUUUGUGAGACAAUGGGGAUAGAAUUUGAAGAUGACCAUAAAGAAGAAUUGGCUCAAAAAUUAAGUCGGGCUUUUGGUGGAGUAACCAUUGUUCAAAAGGGUAAAAAUGACAUAAUUUCUAAUGGAAAUUCAGUCUUUUUGGUCGAUAAUAAGGGUGGUAUUAAGCGUUGCGGUGGACAAGGUGAUAUUCUCACUGGGCUCAUUGCCACAUUUGUAGCAUGGGGCGUAGCAUAUAAAAAAAACAUAUGGCAGCAUGAUAAUUCCAUAUCGCCCUCAGAUAUUCCAAUGUUGGCUAGUUUUGCGGGAUGUACACUUAUGAGAGAAUGUUCAUUGGCCGCUUUCGAGAAAUUUGGACGUUCUGUCCAAACAUCAAAUAUGAUCCCGGAAAUUGGACCAUCCUUUCAACGGUUGUUUGAAAA